UCCGAGCUGCCGCGCCGAGCCCCGCCGGGCCGAGCGCAGCCCGAGCCGAGCCGAGCCGAGCCGAGCCGAGCAUCUCCCGCCGCCGCCGCCGCCGCCCCGCGCCCCGGGCGCCCGCCCCCACCCUCUACAGCACCCCGCUGCCCUCAGAACCCCCCGACCAUGCCCAGUGCCCCCCACGCUCCCGCGACCCCCCAGCCCGGCGCAGCCCCGAGCUCUCGCAGCCGUCGCGCCGCCGCGCCAGGCAUGCAGUAAAGGCUGAAAAUCUGGGUCAUCUCUGAGGAAGAUCUCGGACAUGGAGUCCAGAAUGUGGCCUGCGCUGCUGCUGUCCCAUCUCCUCCCUCUCUGGCCACUGCUGUUGCUGCCCCUCCCACCGCCUGCCCAAGGUUCCUCCUCCCCUCGGACCCCACCAGCCCCAGCCCGGCCCCCCUGUGCCCGGGGAGGGCCCUCAGCCCCACGCCAUGUGUGCGUGUGGGAGCGGGCACCUCCACCAAGCCGCUCCCUGCGGGUCCCAAGAUCACGUCGGCAAGUCCUGCCAGGCACCUCGCCCCCGGCCACCCCAUCAGGCUUUGAAGAGGGGCCACCCUCAUCCCAGUACCCCUGGGCUAUUGUGUGGGGUCCUACAGUGUCUCGAGAGGAUGGGGGGGACCCCAACUCUGCCAAUCCUGGAUUUCUGCCCCUGGACUAUGGUUUCGCAGCCCCACAUGGGCUGGCCACCCCACACCCCAACUCAGACUCCAUGCGGGGUGAUGGAGAUGGGCUAAGCCUUGGAGAAGCACCUGCCACCCUGCGGCCAGUCCUGUUCGGGGGCCGCGGGGAAGGUGUGGACCCUCAGCUCUAUGUCACAAUUACCAUCUCCGUCAUCAUUGUUCUCGUGGCCACUGGCAUCAUCUUCAAGUUCUGCUGGGACCGCAGCCAGAAGCGGCGCAGGCCCUCUGGGCAGCAAGGUGCCCUGAGGCAGGAGGAGAGCCAGCAGCCCUUGACAGACCUGUCCCCAGCCGGGGUCACUGUGCUGGGGGCCUUCGGGGACUCGCCCACCCCCACCCCUGACCACGAGGAGCCCCGAGGGGGACCCCGGCCUGGGAUGCCCCAGCCCAAGGGGGCUCCAGCCUUCCAGCUGAACCGGAUUCCCUUGGUGAAUCUGUGAUCCCCCCCAAGCCUGGGCUGCCACCAAGCAGGGGGCCAAGGGGCCGGCACAGCCCCCAUCCCGCUGAGGGCAGGGCGGCCGUGGG